AGCUGACUGAACCGGAGGAGACGCGCAGAAACAAAAAGAUGGCAGAGUGAGUUUGCGGUGGUCAGCCGAAACGAAGACAAAUCAAGGAUAUUUUGACAUAGAUAUUGAGAAGAAAAUACAGUGAAGAUAUUUUUUCGCGUCUAAUAAUUUCCCAAAAUGCCGCUCUUUGGUUCCUCUUCGAUGUUUGACCCUGAAGUGGAAAAAGCGACUGAUGAGUGCAAUACAGCUGAAGAUUGGCAAGCUAUCAUGGACAUUUGUGACAAGAUGAAGACUUCGCCAAAUGGUCCAAAGGAAGGAAUGAGAGCUAUAAUGAAAAGAAUCUCUCAUGUGGUACCUCAUGUUUCUAUGCAGGCACUGACUCUUCUAAGUGCAUGUGUAAAUAAUUGCGGAAAACCUUUUCAACUGGAGCUUUGCUCAAGAAAUUGGAUAAAUGAAGCUCGUGUUGUAAUUCAGAGGGGCCAUCCAAAAGUGAGUGAGAAGCUUAAAGAACUUAUUGAACAAUGGGCAGAAGAAUUCAAGAAUGAUCCCCAAUUGAAUCUACUUCCUCAGUUUUAUCGCAAGCUGAAAUCAGAGGGUAUUAGUUUUUCAAAGUCUGAACCAGAUACCAAAGUAAAAUCAAAGAAGGAAGAGCUAGAAUUCAAGGAGGAUAUUGAUCUAGCUAUUGCAUUGUCAUUGCACGAUUCAGCCCCUGUCAGCAAGGGUUCUACACAAAAUUACAACCCACCUGCUAGUAGCCCGGCAAUAUCUGCUCCCGAGCGAGAACCCCGUAAAGCUAGAGCCUUAUACGACUUCGAAGCAGCAGAAGAUAAUGAACUGUCAUUCAAAUCUGGUGAAAUUAUUCUAGUUUCUGAUGACAGUGAUCAAAACUGGUGGAAAGGUCAAGGAACUCGCGGGGAAGGCCUGUUUCCAGCUAAUUUCGUCACGACAGAUUUGACUCAGCCACCACCAGAAGAACCAAAAAAAGAGAAGAAAAAAGUUAGAUUUAGCGAUGAAACAGAGCAAAAGAAAGAGAGAAUCAAAGCUACACGACCAAAAGUGGUAAUUAGCGAGGAAAAAUUAGAGUCUUGUCUUGCAAUGCUAAAGAAUGCUAGUCCAACUGAAGAGGAAGAUGAGGAGGAAACAAUUAGAGAAUAUGAAGAAAAUUGUAUGGAAAUGGCACCGUUGAUAGAAAAGAAAAUUACAAAUUCUGAAAGAAAACAAUUAGAACUGAACGAGUUAAAUCAAAAAUUUAUCCAAGCUAUAACAAUGUAUCAACAGAGUAUGAAAGAACCACUGCCCGCUCCCACCAUCCCAGCUUACAAUUCACCACAGAUGCAGUAUCAAGGAAUGCCCGGCUAUUCAUCCCCAUAUCAGCAAGCUCAAGCCCAGCCACAGAUGUACAGUGGGGCUCAGAUGCCCCCUGGGAGUAUGCAGGGUAAUUUACAAUAUUCCUCCAUGGUAAUGGGCCAACCGGUAUCGAUGGAUGCUGCUUAUUCGAGUCAAGGUCCUCCAAGCAUCGGUGCACAGCCACAGUUCCAAGGAUAUAGCCAAGACAUACAACAAAACACAGGGUAUCAAGACGCAGGAUAUUACAUGGCGGCUAGUACCCAGGACUCCUAUGCUCAAUCGCGGCAAACUGCUGCUUAUGAUUACAAUCAGCAACAGCAGCAACAGCAAUUGUAUUCUCAAGCCGCUGUAUACCAGUAGGAUCUCGCACGGCAAUGGUUAGCUUGCUAAAUUUGUAUUUAAUGCAGUAAAAUUAUAUCUAACUGUACAUUAGGCGAAUGGCAAACUGCUUUAAGUAAAUUCUUUGCAGCAUAUGUUAACUGUUGUUUGUUGAAGUGCUGUUUAGCUUUUAAAUUCAUUGGAUGUUUAGAGAGCUGUCCUAAAUUUAAAAGCUGUUCUGCUACAUCAUGUCGUAAUAAAGGAUAGUAAGUAUACUGCACCUGAAAACGGUUAUGAAUCUACCACAUCAACUCUCUUUUGUAUACUAAAGUAUACUAUUUUAUUUUCCUUCUAUUGUAUUAUAUUUUUGGUCUGGGGAAAGAGACGAGACUGCACAUGUCCCAACUUGCAAGCUCGCCUACCGUACACCGAACCUAACAGAGCUUUUUAGUUGGUCAUAUUUUAUUAAUUGUGUUGUAAAUUAGGUGGUAGACGGUCUAGUCUGAUAGCUUUUUGUUCUGUGAAAAAUUUUGUGCAUUCGUUCACCUUGUUAGAGCUAAGAGUUCAUUGCAUUUGGUAAAUCCAAGCUAGCAGUUAUCGAUUGAAUACCCGCCAGUGGAAACCCAAAAAAUGGAGUUAGGCAACCUCAGUAAACUACAGAGGAAGAUGUGUUGCCUGAUGCAAAAGAUUGCAUUUUAGUUCCGGCGGUUUGAGUCAAAAUCUCAUUCUAAGAGUUUGGAGAACCUAAACUAAAGUUGUCUUCUAUUUUUAGCAUUACAUGGAAAACCUUGUUACUAUCUUUGCCUCUUUUCCUGUUUCAAUUUGUUUUUAAGCAUUCACAGAGUGUUCCACCCGAUUGUCUUUUAGCCUUAUUUUAAAGCCAGAUUUUUCUUUUUGUGCUGGAUCCUUUUUUCAGUACUUUGGAGUCUGCCUGUCAAGUUAGAAUAACUCCAAAGUAAAAGCUGUGUACAUAAUAUUGUUGUAAGGAUUUUCUUCUCGUUUUUCCCGAAAAGCUUAUUAUUUAUAUGGGAGUAUGGUAACGAUAACUCUUUGAAACUUUUUCAGGAUGAGCCUCUCUCCUUUAAUAUAUUUCGUGGUGCUUCAUUGAAAAUUUGCGUCUGCAGUAGCUUAAAUUCCUAUAAGUUUACUGGGCAUCUAGGAUUUAAGUAAGCUACUAUAAUAGGCAUAUUGAAAUUCAUAAUCAAGCUAAGCACAUUUGCUUGCUUCCAUUUAUCUCUAUCAUGGCCAGUUUUCAGCAAAAGCUAAAUAUCUCAAUUUGUUGUAUGUGCUGUAUUCAAAUAAGCAUCGGCAAUAAAUUUUGAAUAUUUCGAACUGGAAGCUGUUGUACUGACCGGCCUAGCUUGUACUGUCUAAUGACUAAAAUAUCCAGAUUUGAAUGUUGUAAUUGUCUUUAAAUUAAUGUCACUCGAUUAUGAUUAAGGUUUAUAUUGUAUUUUCGAUUAGUUUGGUGACUUAAGUUGAUAGUGCCUAUAUGUAGAACCAUGUUGAUCGUGAUCGACGUAUUCGUGUGAAUUAACAAUCAAUUGUUGAAAUACACUUCUAUAUGAUA